AUGGCCUCAUUCCGGUCAACGGUCAGCCUGACGGCGCUGGCGGCCUUUGCGGCCGGCCAUGUCGCUGCCGGCCAUGUCGCUGCCGAUCUCAUUCCCAUGACCUUUUGCGCGACAAUCAACACCGCUUCAAUGCCAGCCAAUUCGAGCAUAUAUCAAUCAGACGGCCUUUGCCGCGAUUUCUGCACCCUCAGCAACAACGCGUUUGCGGUCAUCAAGGAUUCAAACUGCUGGUGCAGCGACUACUUGCCAGCCUCCAGCAUCCAGGUCAACACCAACAAGUGCAACAAGCCGUGCCCGGGCUUUCCUUCAGACACUUGUGGAGGCGAUGGUGUCUGGGGAUAUAUCAAGCUGAGUGCCCAGCCUUCCGGCGUCAAGGGCGGGGAUGAUUCCGGAUCCUCUCAACCCACAACUGAACCACCUUCGCCCACCAACACAGGCACCACGCCCCUGACCAUAGUGUCGACAGUGACUGCGGAUGGCGCCACCAGCCAGGUCACCAUCACUUUACCACCUUCGGCGAACAAUUCCGGGAACCAGGCCAGCAAUGGCGAGUUGUCGACAACCAGCAGUGGUCUUUCGACUGGCGCGGCUGUCGGAAUAGCCGUUGGCGUUUUGGCCGUCGUAGGCAUCAUCAUCGGCGCGGCAGUCUGGUUCUGGCUGCGUAGACGGAAGCAGAACCAGGAGGAGGCUGCUGUUGAGCGUUCCAACAGCGGCCGCGGCAGCUCUGCGGGCAUGAUGGGCACACCACGCACCGAGAUGGCCUCCAUCUGGGACAGCGAGCAGCUUUCGACAGGCAGGCGAAACAGCCGACUGAUGCCGCACGAUCCCCGCAUGGACCCCUUCGCGGGCAACAUCUACGCCCAGGCUAACAAGAGCCGCGAGAGUAUCAACACUCUCCAAGACAACCAAGAUUAUUCGAGAAAGGUCUUGCGCACAACCAAUCCCGACCCCGACCAGGACUGA